AGAGAGGAGCAGUAACAUCAGCAGGAGGAGGAGGAGGAGGACCAUGAGGAGGACUGUGGAGCUCAGUCACUUCCGCACCAUGUGAGCGACCUGAUGAUGCUCAUUUGCUCCGGACCAGAUGCCGCAUCCUCCCGGAAAGAUCCGCAGAGCCCGAGCAGCGCUGAAGCUUCCAUCCGCCGGAGGGAGCGACAUUCGUGGGGGAGAGAGAGACCCGAGGCCGGGGAGGAGACUCCAGCAGUUCCGCUCAUCACCGGAGUCUGUCUGAAAUGAGUGCGGACGUUGCGGUGUCUCUGCUCGUGCUCGCGGGGAUCGUCGGGCUCAGCGACGCGACCCGCAGGUUGAUCAGCAGGAGCCUCGCGCGCACGGGGCUCUGCGUGUACGCGGUGGAGCUCGUGUCCACCUUCCAGCUGUGCUGCUGCACGCACGAGCUCAAACUGCUGUCCGAAGUGGGCGGGAUCGAACCCCGCGUCGCGCUCACUCUGACCUACCUGGCCGCCGUGGUGCACCGACUCACGUUCAGCGGCGCCAUCGGUAACCCCUCCGGGACCCUCGAGCACGCGUACCGCGCGACGAUCACGGGCGGGUGCGCGUUGCGGAGGAUCGCGUGCCAGUUCGUCGCGGCCGCCGCUGCACGAGCCGCGGUCCCGGUGAUGUGGGGACUCGGGUUGUCGAGGCUGCACGUGCGGCACAAGCUGUUCGGUUACCGGUGCGUGAGCCCGGUUCACGCGCCCCUGCACCAGGCCGCCGCCGUGGAGCUCGCGUGCGCCUUUGCGGUGCAGACUGCCAUCACGCACACGCGAUUUGUGGAGGAGAAAUAUCGCGUGCACGCGAUAGCUGCGGUCACCGCGUCAGUGGUUUAUGCAGGCGGCAGUACGACAGGAGCAGUGUUUAAUCCGGCCUUGGCCUUCUCCACUCAGUUCCCCUGCAGCGGACACUCCUUCCUGGAGUACUGUGUGGUCUACUGGCUGGGUCCACUGCUGGGUAUGAUGAGCUCGGUGCUGCUGUUUGAGAAACUCGUCCCCCUGUUGUCAAGGAAACCAACGUCUCUCCAUCGUUCCGUGGAGACAAAGAAGAGGACUUGAUUCUCGCAGGUAGAUUCCUGGAGCACAGAUGGACUCAGUUAACCUGCUGUUGACCUCAGAUGUUAGACACUGACACGCACUUUUCUUAAAGACACUUGAACCUGAAGGUUUCUGUUCGUCCGUAGUGAUGAUCCAGACUGUAGAUGAUUUAACCUCAAGAGCACAUGUUGGAAGUAAAUAUACUCAUUUGACUGUUUUGUUUGUUUUAUGUCACAGGAGGUCGAUCGAUCACUGUUCAAACACUGAAACUUUAUUAGAAAUGUCCCUGAAAUAACAGAGAUUUUGAUGAAAUGAAAGUUUGCAUGAGUUUUGGGUUGACUGCAGUCGUGUCUGUUUUGUAACUUGUAAAUAAAGACGGACGAGGUGAAGGCUUCAGAUCGUCUUGAUCACCCCCUGGUGGCUGGCAGUUGAAAGUACUGCAGUUGCAAUAGUACAAUGAGCCAAGUAAAAACCUUGUGAUGCAUUUACGUUUGUUAAUUCACAGAACAAUGGGACAAGUGAUAAUGGAUGAUGAUAUGUGGUACUAAUACACUAAACUUUUCUUUACAAAGUGCUCAAUAUUUAAAUAAUAAUACAUAAUGUGACAUUCCAGAGACGAGCACAGUGAUGUGUAGUUUUAUGGUUUUAAAUUUGCACAGAUCGAACUGGUGCCUUUUGAAUUCUCUGUAAAAAUUGGAAAGGCACAAUAAACAGUUGAAAUAC